UUGGUAGCUCACAAUGGCUACAACCAAGAUCGUAGCUCUUAGCUUCAUCGUCCUCCUUAGCAUUGGAUUAUCCAAUGCUGCAAGGGUAGCUAGAUAUGUUAGUGCCGGGGGUGGAGGUGGCGGAGGGGGAGGUGGUGGUGGGUCGGGGAAUGGUUCUGGAGGGGGGUCUGGCUAUGGCUCUGGGUAUGGUCAGGCAGGUGGGUCUUCUGGUGGAGCAUACGCUAGUGGAGGUGGUGGAGGUGGAGGUGGUGGAGGUGGAGGUGGACAAAAUGGUGGAUCAGGAUCUGGUUCCGGUUCUGGCUCUGGGUACGGUCAAGCUGGGGGAUAUGGGCCUAACGGUGGUACAUAUGCUCAGGGAGGCGGACAAGGUGGAGGUGGCGGCGGUGGACAAAAUGGUGGGUCUGGGUAUGGUUCCGGUUCUGGCUCUGGGUAUGGUCAGGCUGGCGGUUAUGGGCCUUAUGGUGGAGGGUAUGCUCAAGGAGGAGGCCAAGGUGGAGGUGGUGGCGGUGGACAAAAUGGUGGGUCUGGACAAGGCUCCGGUUCCGGCUCUGGUUAUGGUCAAGCCGGCGGAUAUGGACCUUAUGGUGGUGGAUAUGCUCAAGCAGGUGGUCAAGGUGGUGGCGGUGGUGGUGGACAUAGCAGCCCAGGCGGCGAUGGAUAUGGGAGUGGUUCGGGAAGUGGGUCUGGGUCUGCCAAAAGUGGUGGUUAUUGGCACCCAUAAAACGUCUAUAGGAAGAUAUCAGAUGCGAAACCUAUUGCGCUGAUGCCAACAUAUUAGACUACUGGUAAUAUGGUUCGAAUGUGUCAUGUACUAGAAUAAUAAGAAAUAAAUGGCCUUGCAUUGGCUGAUGUAAUAAGAUUAGUGGUCUUGCAUACUACUACUACCAAUGGACGUGUAUCACUGUUAAUCAAUUGGUUUGUUAUUUGCCAUCUUAUAUGGAGUGUAUAUACGAAUGUUGCUGACUCUGUUUAUG